GCCUGUCUGUCAACACGUGGCCUCAGGGCUCCGGUUCCGCGCGGCGCUGGAGUCAAAGGUCCCUUCGCAAACUCGCGGAUUUAGCAAGCGCUGCGCGGGGCCCCUCCCGGCGCCUGCGGGCAGAGGCAGGCGGCAGCGUCCGGCGCUCCCGGGGAGAGGCGCGGGGCAGCUCAGCCCCUCGCCCCGCCGGCAAGGGGAGGCGGGAGGAGCGGGUGUAUGUUGCGUCUCCCCUCCCACCCACACCCCUGAAAGCAGCGCGGGGAGCGGUCCGCGAGCAAGGCCGGAGACUACAGCCCUGAAGCCAGAGGCGACCCGGAGCCGGCAGCUCGCAGGCUCCCUCUAGCCCCCGCAGCUGCAGCAGAGGAGGCGAGCGAGAGCAGCAGGAUUUUCUCUCUCUCUCUCUUUUUCAGCCAGUAAUGAGCGUCUGCCCCCUGGCACGGCCGAGGCACGGCGCGGCUGCACACAGGCGCACACGGUAUAAAUACGUGAGGGGACAAGCGGCGGGAGCUCCCCGUCUGGCUCAGCCCAGCAGGCAGGAGGGGACCCUCCCCCCCGGCGCCAUGGCGUGCGUGGCCGGCUGCCGCUGCUGCACGGGGCGCAGGAGGCAGAGCAGCAUCCUCUACAGCAUCCUCAGGAGCGAGGAGCGGCCGGAGGCAGCGCAGCAGCCGCCGCCGCCCCCGCCGCAGGAGCCCCCGGGGCCGGGCUGCUCGUGCGGCUCGCGGCGGCGCCUGGCCCUGCGCAGCCCGCAGGUGGCGGCCAAGGCGGCCUCGGCCGUGCUGGUGAAGACCCUGCGCUUCGUCAAGAGCGUGCCCUGCUUCCAGGAGCUGCCGCUGGACGAGCAGCUGGUGCUGGUGCGCAGCUGCUGGGCUCCCCUGCUGGUGCUGGGGCUGGCCCAGGAGCGGGUGCACUUCGAGACGGUGGAGACCGCGGAGCCCAGCAUGCUGCAGCGGAUAUUGACCGACCGGCGGCAGGAGCAGCAAGGACAGCAGCACCCCCACAGCAGCAGCCCGCAGCUGCCCUCGGCCGGCGAGAUCCAGGCCAUCAAAGGCUUCCUGGCCAAGUGCUGGAGCCUGGACAUCAGCACCAAGGAGUACGCCUACCUCAAGGGGACUGUGCUCUUCAACCCGGAUCUGCCAGGGCUGCAGUGUGUACAGUAUAUCCAGGGACUGCAGAGGGAAGCACAGCAAGCUCUAAAUGAACAUGUCAGACUGAUUCAUCGAGGGGACCAGGCCAGAUUUGCCAAGCUGAAUGUUGUUCUUUCCUUGCUGAGAUCCAUUAAUGCUAACGUAAUUGCUGAACUAUUCUUUAAGCCCAUCAUUGGAACAGUGAACAUGGAUGACAUGCUGCUGGAGAUGCUUUGUGCAAAGUUAUAAAGAAGUUGGUCCAAUAAAAGAUAUUACCUCACCCGCCUUGUUUCUCUAAUAUCCUGGGACCAACACGGCUAAAACAACACUGCAAACAAAAAAGGUAAAUUAAAACAUAUCAUGAAAUGAUUUUUUUUUCACCUUUAAGUGGUUUGGGUUGGGGCUUAUAUUGCGUCUGUUACUGUGGGCUUUCUAUUUAUUAAAAGGAACUCUUUCAACAAAAAUAAUGGUCUUGUUGGUGAUUAGCCCUCACACAGCCAUUCAAGGAAGAUCCCAUCCUAUACCCACUUAGAGCUGGCUGUGUAAGGGGUGGCCAUUAGAGCUGGUUGCACUGAAAAGGGCCUCUUUAGAUUGGUUUAAAAUUUUCAGUUUUUCUAACAAAAUUGGGAAAGAAAAACAGGUUUUUGUUUUUCCUUCUCCUUCCCCUGCCAAUUCUCUCCUGCUUUUCCAGUAGCAAGUGGGGGGAAAAAGGAAGAAAAUUGGGCCGAAGUGCUUCAAUCUAAACAAAGCCAAUCACUGAUGGAACUGAAACUUUAUGUAAUAACUUCUCCUAAUACCAUGUGUUUUGUAAAACCUCUUAAACCAUAAGGGUGUUCCUAGCUUUCAUGAAAGUUAUUUUGGGAGUGGGGGUGGGGGGGGCAGCUCAGAGUCUUUGUUAACCCCAACCUCGGUACAUCCUAUUUAAGGGCCAGGGAUAAUCACAGCCCCCGUGCCCAGAGAAAGGCAGGGACUGUUCUCUGCAUUCCCCUACUGGGGCAUAAAUUGUCCUAAAGAUGGUAGGGCGGAGGGGACAGUGUAGUAAAGGCCCCGUAUCCCAACCAGCAGAGUUGGCCAGGAGGAGCAGUCUGCAUCAUAGUCGCUGACUCUGUGGCUGGAGCACUCACGAAAAACAAACAAAAAAAAAGUGGAUGCUCAACACCCAUCCAGCCACAGCUGU